CUAAUGAUCCCGAGAUCAUCCAGCUUCAAUCUGCCGUGGAGUGCACCAUCAUGAAGCAUUUGUUCAGCACGAUAACCGCGGAAGUGCUGCGGGCGUUACGCGAGGGAUUUGGCUCCACGGACUGGAUUCGGAAUUCCAGUAUUUGGCAGGAAACCGUGCUUCGGUGUAUGGUGGACAAUAUCCAAUAUGACUGUGUGCGUGACGACAUACACAAGAGUGUGCUGAGCAUGGUGCUUUUUUAGGGGAAAUGGGUUUAUUGGUAGUUCGAAGAAGGGAGAAAACAGCGAAAUUUGCUCCGAAUUCAGGAGUCGCACUCGGCAUCGGAAAUUCAUCGCGUGCUCGCGUUGCAGCAAGAAAUGAAAGAAAACGGGACGAUUUCCGUCUCUUUCUACAUGAAUUCCAUUACGCUGAUCUUGAAAGAAAUCGAAAAAUUAGGCACGAUUUUUGGAAUUCCAGUCAUCGAAUAGACACCCAAUACGAAGUAUUAGCACGAGUCUGUUAUGCCUUGUUAAACAAAAAGCGCGGCGAGUCUUUCAUAGCCGAAUACUCCGCGAUCUGCACUCGCUUUUCCUUCGCUCUCUGGAAGCUUUUGCCCAAUUCCCCCGAUUUUUCUCUCAUCUCGAAGCUCCCCGAGAUCCUCCCGGUCGUGUUUCGCCACAUCCCCGCGAGCGCGGAGUUCGGGAGUCUCUUGAAGAACCAGGGCGGCCGCGCAGACGAGGGCUGGCUGUUCGCUUCUCUGAGCGUGAAGUCGGUGUGCUGUCUGGCGGAGCCGGUGAAGCAGCGGGCGUUCUCGAUCUUUGUGCUGUAUAUGAUGAGGAUUGAGUUCGUGAGCGCGGAGCACGUCGCCGAUUUCUUUCUGGGGCUCUGGAAGAAGGUCCGCAUGCACGGCGAACGCGAGUGUCGCCUGCUCACGCGCCUGCUUACGGAGUUCCUGUCGCUGCAGCGUUCGGCGUGUUUUCGGGAGCUAUGUCCGGAGGUGGGCUCGGCGCCGUUUCUGAACGAUGUGAUUGAUUCGGUGUUGGGGUAUUGGGACAAGGAAGGGAUUGAGAGCUGCGAAGAGGUGCGGGCGUUGAAGGCGAUCGAUUGUGGGUUUCUGUCGCUUCGUUUGGAUUGA